CGCUAUCUUAGCAGAAUGGCGGAGACGUUGGAAAGUAUUUUGGCACGGCUUUUAGUUCCAGAUAAUGCCGUGCUCUCACAGGCAACUUUGGAAUUGCGAGAGUUUUUCAAGAAUCCCAAUGUUGUGGAAUCAAUGUGCCAAGUGCUUUCCAAUUCAGGAAAUCCACAGGUAAGACAAUAUGCAAGUGUACUUCUGAGAAGAAAACUUGCAAAAGGAAGACAGUGGACAAAACUUUCUGCUGCUACUCAACAUGGGGUGAAGCAGACUGUCAUUCAAGUCAUAAUUAAAGAAACAGAAAAACCAUGUCAAAAUGCCUUAGCUCAACUGAUAGCCACUAUAGCUAAAUAUGAGCUGGUAAAGGAGAGAUGGCCAGAAUUAUUUCAGUUCUUAGACCAUUACACCAGUAGUAAUGAUACCAUAAAGAAGGAGAUGGCAUUGAUCACUUUAAAUGCUAUUGCUGCAUCUGCAGGAGAACAUUUGAAGCCCCACUUAAAGUCUUUAUUAACAAUGUUGAAAAAAAACCUUGCAUUUCAAAGAAAUAUUGAAGUUUUGGAAAAUGAGACAAUACCUUUUUACAGUAUCAAAAUUCUCACCAAUUUAGUCAGCUAUGUUGGUUCUGAUGAGAUGAAGCAAAUUCAGUACAUGGUUCCAGCUGUGCUUGUGAUCAUAAAUUAUCUUGUUGUCCACAAAGAGGACUUAGCUUGUGAAGCAAUGGAAAUAUUUGAUGAACUUGUGGAGUCAGAAGUUGCUGUUAUUGUCCCACACAUUAAGAAUUUGCUUGAAGUGUUCAUAAGGAUAACUAAAGACAAGAAGUUGGGAGACCGAGUCAGGGUUAAGGCUAUGUCACUUAUCAGCUGGGUUAUAAGACUGAAGAAAAAGGUAAUAAUCAAGCUGAAACUUGUAAAUAGUAUACUGAGCGUCCUCUUUUCUGUCAUGUGUGAACAUUCUGAAAAUGACAACAAAGAUGAUGAUGAGGAAGAUAGUGAUGAUGAAGAUGAAAAAGAUGAAGAUGUUCCAUCAUCUUUUGCUGCCCAGGUAAUUGAUGUUAUGGCACUGCAUCUUCCACCAGAAAAAUUACUUCCCCCACUGAUUGCCGAGAUCGACUAUUCACUGAAUUCAUGUAAAAAUGAUCCAUACCGAAGGAAAGCAGCUUAUCUAGCUAUAGCUGUUAUUGCUGAGGGUUGUGCUGAAAGUAUUAGGAACAAAUAUCUUCAAAAGUUUCUUCAUUUUAUUGGACAAGGAAUCACUGAUUCUGACCAGAUUGUAAAAAAUGCAGCAUUAUUUGCUUUAGGGCAGUUUUCAGAACACCUUCAACCGGAUAUCAGUAAGUUUGCCUCUGAUCUUCUUCCACUGUUGUUCAACUUUCUAUCACAACUAAGUCAACAGCUACAGCAUGGAGGAAAAGAUCCAACAAGUCUUUCUAAAAUAUUUUAUGCUUUAGAAUCUUUUUGUGAAAACUUAGAGGAAGGUCUGGUUCCAUAUCUUCCCCAGCUAAUGACACACCUGUUAACUUUUCUUACAACAUCCCAAUCUGUUCGUGUUCGAGAACUUGCUAUCAGUGCAAUAGGAGCUGCAGGAAAUGCAGCCAAAGAAGCACUACAGCCUUACUUUCCUCAAGUUCUUGAGCAGCUGAAAGUUUACCUCUGUGAACCACAACCUGAGCAACUCUUACCACUACAAGUUCAAGCAGUUGAUACUCUUGGAGUCUUAGCAAGGACAAUUGGUAGAAACCAUUUUAUUCCUAUGGCAAAUGAUUGUAUGAAUAUGGGUUUAUCUUUAAUUGACAAAGUCCAUGAUCCAGACCUUCGUCGAUGCACAUAUGGUCUAUUUGCAUCAAUUUCAGCAGUGUUAAAAGUUGACAUGAGCCCAUAUUUGCCAGUUGUAAUGGAGAAUAUGAUUGAUUCGCUUCAAUCUACUGAAGGAAUUGUGACACACUUUGCUGAAGAAGACAACAAAUUUCCUCUUUUUGAUGAGUUAGAUGAUGAGAAUGAGGAAGAAGACAUUGAGAAUGAUGAGGAGAAUGAUGAAGACGACGAUGUUGAAGGCUAUAGUGUUGAGAAUUCUUAUUUGGAGGAAAAAGAAGAUACCUGUUGUGCCUUGAGGGAAAUUGCUGCAAAUGUUGGAGCCACAUUUCUACCUUACCUUGAAAAAUGCUUUGAAGAGGUCCAGAAACUCCUUGAACACCCAGGGGAAAAUGUUAGAAAAGCAGCAGUCUCUGCUCUUGGCCAGUUUUGUGUUACACUUCAUCAAGUUGCAAGUGAGAGUGGGGCUACGGAUCAACAAGAUGCACUGCGGAAGGCUCUUGCUGUUGUAAUACCAAAGUUCCUAUCUAUGGCCAGAGAAGACACGGAGAGAACUGUGGUGUUGGCUGUGUUAGAAACUCUAGAAGAUAUGAUAAAAGAAAUUCAAGGAAUAAUGGUUGAACAGAGAAGCAUAGUUGAUGCACUAAUCAGUUUGGUCAAAGAUGUGUUCAAGAGUAAGCUUGCAUGUCAAGAUGAAUCAGAUAAUGACGAACCAUCUGAAGAACAAGAUCAGGCUGAAUAUGAUAGCAUGUUGGUGGAGUAUGCAGCAGAAAUUAUACCAUCUCUGGGGAAAGUGAUGAACUCUCAAGAAUUUGCUCCAUAUUUUGCAGGAGUUUUACAGCUAUUCCUGAAUAAAACGAAAAAGUCAUGUAGUGUUGCAGACAAAUCAUUUUCUAUAGGAAUGCUAGCUGAGGUGGUUGAAACAUUAAACCAGGGUGCAGUAUGUGCUUUUCUUGAUCACUUGUUACCAGUCUUCAUGAAUGGUAUGACAGAUGAUGAUGAUGAAGUCAGAAGUAAUUCAGUUUAUGGUCUUGGUGUGUUAGUUGAACGUGCUGGACAACCUUUAUUUAACCGCUAUCCUGAGUUUCUCCAGGCAAUGUCUAUUAUGCUAUCCAAGGAAAAUAAACCUCGUGCCAGAGACAAUAUCUGUGGUGCUGUUGCACGGUUAAUUAUGACUAAUGCAGAUGGUGUGCCUAUAAAAGAGGUGUUCCCUGUGUUAAUUCAGUGUUUGCCUCUUCAAGAAGAUUUUGAUGAAAACACCACAGUUUUUAGAUGCAUCUAUCACCUAUUUAACUUAAAAAAUGAAGUGGUGUUCCAAAAUCUCCACCAUAUAUUAAAAAUAAUAUCAUCAGUAAUUGGAACUAACAAUGUAAACGAAGAAACAAGGUCAUUGCUUGUUCACAUAGUCAAAACAACACAGCAUCAGUUUCCUGCUGAGUUUGAUGGGGUAGUUGCUAAUCUUCCAGCUGAAGGAGCUGAAAUCUUAAAAGCUGUCAUUUUGAAUACUUAACAAAAAAAAUGAUAUCUCUAUAGUUUACAUUUUAUUACUUUAUACUGGUUGAUAUUACUUUCUCAGUCCUGAUAUUGUGUGUCACUGAAUUAAAAGUUUUAUUUACAUAACAGUUUGAGCAUAUUAAAAGUUUGAUACUGUGUAUUAGAAACUGACAGUUAUUUGUCAGAGGACCACUGUAUCAGUUGAAGUGAUAUGAAAAAACAUUGCUUCAGUGUUAGCAUGAGUUUUUAUAAUUUAAGGUUAUCAUCUUAUUUUGUUUAGUAAAAAAGAGAAACAUUAAUCCGUAACUUUGUUACUAUACUUUAAGUUACAUUUUUUUAAUGUAAAGCAGAAAACAUUUAAUCUUAUUUUUAUGAAUUGCAGUAUGUAGUUUGAACUUGUUUGAGAUAAUAAAUUUAAAGUUUAUAACUUAUUUAU